GUCAUGAUGUCCUCCGCCGUUCCUGGAUCGAGGAACAAAACUGGCCUGCAAAGAGCCGAGAGCUACGCGCCAUUGUAGUCUUCGCGCUAGAGUUGUGGCCGAAAGUCCAAGGAUAUGACGUCGUGAUCAUGCAUGACCACCUGUCGAACGGACCAGAGCAGCUCGAGAGAAGCCUGAGGACAGUCAACGUUGACGAACGCACAAAGAG